AUGGCGACAACGCUCGAAGCCCCGACCGCGGGGCUUGAGGCCGGGGCAGCGACAACGGCUAAGCCCAAGCUGCACGGUCGGGCAUUCUACGAAAGUAUCGGAAGCCCAAAGUACAUCCUCGCUCCCAUGGUGGAUCAGUCCGAAUUCGCGUGGAGAAUGCUGAGCCGGUCCUUUAUCCCGCCGUCCGAGCAGAAGAACAUGGUGGCAUACACGCCUAUGUUUCACGCGCGGCUGUUCAAAGACACGGAAAACUACCGCCAGUGCCACUUCCAGGCCGUGCGACCCAGCGACUCGACCGACGCUGACACGACGACGACGCCAACGCCCGAGGCCUGGCUCGACGGCAACCCCUCCAUCGACCGCCCUCUCUUCGUGCAGUUCUGCGCAAACGACCCGGAUGCCCUCCUCGGCGCGGCGCUUAGGGUGGCGCCGUACUGCGACGCCGUGGAUCUGAACCUGGGGUGCCCGCAGGGUAUCGCCAAGAAGGGGAAGUACGGCGCUUUCCUCCAGGAGGACCAGGAGCUCAUCUUCAAGCUCAUCAACACGCUGCACAAGAACCUGCCGAUUCCCGUGACGGCGAAGAUCAGAAUACUGGACACCAGGGAGGCGACGCUCGCGUACGCAAAGAACGUGCUCUCGGCCGGCGCGUCGAUCCUCACAGUCCACGGAAGGCUGAGGGAGCAGAAGGGUCAUCUGACGGGACUGGCGGACUGGAGUGUCAUCAAGUGGCUGAGGGAGCAGCUGCCGCCGGAAACGGUGCUUUUCGCCAACGGGAACAUUCUGCAGCACGACGACCUCCAGCGCGCGUUGGCGGCCACGGGCGCCGACGGCAUCAUGAGCGCCGAGGGCAAUCUCAGCGACCCGACCAUCUUCAGCCCGCCGCCCGAGCCUGGGACCGAGACGCGGGAGUACUGGCGUGGCAGGGACGGCAAGGGCGGGUACCGCGUGGACGCUGUCAUGAGACGCUACAUGGACAUCCUGCACAAGUACGCCGCCGGACAAGACCCACCCUCGAGACGGCCCCUGUUCGUGCCGGGCGACGACACGGCGUGGAUGGAGGAGAUGGACAGGGCGCAGGCGGAGGAAGAGGAGCCGGAGCGCAAGAAGCGCAGGAGGGACACGCCCGGCAAACCCGGGAAGAGCAGGACGCUGAGCCCCAACUACUCGGCGAUGCAGCCACACAUGUUCCACCUGCUGCGGCACUUUGUGUCGAAGCACACGGACGUGCGGGAUCUGCUCGCCAAGAGCCGGGCCGGGGACCUGGAGGCGUACGAGAAGAUCCUGGGCAUGGUCGAGAGGAAGGUCGCGGACGGGCUGCUCGAGUACGAGAGGGCCGGGCCGGCCAUGUUCGAGGGUGACGAGGUCCUGGGCCCGGCAGCGGCGGAUGCGGAGGUGGUAGAGGAGGACGGGGAGAGCUCCAGGGGCGCGGUGCAGCGCUGCAAGAGGCCGUGGUGGGUCGUGCAGCCCAUCAUCCGGCCGCUGCCCAAAGAGGCUAUGGCCAAGGGGGCCGUGUCGCUGAGCAAGAAGGACAAGGCCAAGCUGGGCGAGGCCGCUGUGGCUCCCGAGGCGGUCAACGGCAAGGCCGCGGAAGAGAGCGUCCAGGACAAGGUCCUGAAGACGGAUGACAAGCUACUCGCGGGUUGA